AUGGCAUCGGAAAACGUUGUAAUACAAGAAGCAACACCCCUUCAUGAAUCAAUGAUUUGGGAUUUGCAAAACCAGUUCUAUAUCAACAAGGGACCUGCUUGCUGGACUGAAGCGAUCGUUCCCCAGUUUAUUACUUCAAAUAGUUAUAUUGCCUAUCAAUAUGCAAACUGCAUAUUGGGUUAUAUCAAUGAUUAUUACUCUAGACCGGAUGCUAAAAAGGACAAACCUAUCUAUAUCGUAGAAGUGGGAGCAGGUCAUGGAAAACUGGGUUUUUUGAUUCUGAACCAUUUAGAGGAGCUUGCUGAGUUUAUGCCGGAAGGAGUUCCGAAGCCAUACCUUUACGUGAUUUCUGACUUUACUCAGAACAUUGUGGAUUUCUGUAAGAGUCACAAGCGAAUGGCGGAGCACAUCAAUCGGGGCGUCGUUGAUUUUGCAGUUUUUGAUUGUGAGAAAGACUCCGAGUUUUCUCUGCAAAUCAGCGGAGCGAAACUCUCAUCUGAAACGGUGGAGACGCCAGUGAUAGCGAUUGCCAAUUACGUCUUCAACGGUCUGCGUGAGCAAAGUAUCAGUAUAAACAACGGGAUCGUCAGCGAGGGCUGCAUCAAAAUCCUGGCCGACCCGAACGUCUCUGCGACCGACAUCGACAUAAUCAGCCGCAUGAAGCUGGAGUGGUCGUACAAGCCCAUCCCCGACGUGGACGCGCACUUCCAAGACCCCGUUCUGCACGACCUCGUCCACCAGUCCGAUUUCUGGAAUUCCAUAAAUCCCAGCUACCUCCAAAACAACGAAACGCUCAACGUGCUGCUUCCUCUCGGCGCGCUGCGCUUCAUCCGCACGCUGGAGUCGCUCUCUCGCGGCCAGUUCCUUCUGAUAACCGCGGAUAAAGCGCACGCGCACGAGGAAGAUUUGCGGUUAACGAAGGAAAACCCGCACAUCGCGAUCCACGGUUCUUUCUCCAUGAUGGCCAACUUCCACGCGCUGCGGCAAGUCUUCCUGUCCCGCGGGGGCGCCAGCUUCCACACGCCGUACUACACCGGGCUGCAGGUCGCCGCCUUCGCGCUCGGCGAAACGCCUUUGGAGGAGUUUCAGUUCGCGUGGGAGAACGUGCUGCUGGCGUUCGACCCGGACAGCUUCUCGCAGCUGCAGCGGUGCAUCCGGGACGAGACGCCGUCGCCGUCGCUGAAGAACAUCCUGGCGCUGAUCCGGCUGAGCCGGUUCGAGAGCGAGGUGUUCUACAAGUUCAAGCAGGUGCUGGUGGACCACAUUCCGUACGCGAGCGAUCGGCUGCAGAGCGACUUCAAGAGCGACAUCCUGCACAUCGCGGCGAACUUCUAUCCGCUGUCGGCGUCGAAGGAUGUGGACUUCGAUCUGGGGAGAUUGUCGAUGGGGCUGCGCGAUUAUGAGACGAGCAUUCGGCUGUUCAAGAAGAGCAUCGAGCUGUGCGGAGAGCAUUAUGUGACGUGGCACAAUCUGGGGAUUUGCUAUUAUUACAUGGACGAUUUGAAGGAGAGUAUGAACAGCUUCAAUCGAUGUCUGGAGAUUCAGCCCGAGUAUCAGGACGCCAAGUCGUGGAGAGCGCGCGUGGAGGAAAAGCUGAACGCGAAAUAA